UGCACUUCCUGGAAACGGUGCUCCUGUCCAUGUUGUGGUUGAUCGAUGCCUGGGUCCUUUCUGAAGGAAUGAUUCAUUUCCUUCCGCAGCGAAACUGGAUGUGCCGGAUCCGUCUAGCGCUCACUCUCCUCGGACUCCCCUGCACCGUGGCCUCCUCCGGACGAAGGUCUGCCAUCGCCUGCUCGUCCUUCCCUCCUUUAACCAGCAGCCCCACCGCCAGAUCGAUCACUUCCAGUAGCUGUAACCUCUUCCUGACCAGCGUCCUGAAGAUGCCGACCUCAGCGGUUCCUCACGCAAAAUCCAGAUGCCCUCAGUAUCCAGGAUCCAACAUCAAGCGCUUCCCGGUGCCCGAUAACCAGGUGGACUGGAGUCAGAACUGGCCGGAGUAUAAACCAGUCAGCCACACCGACUCUGCGGUAGCAAAGAAGCCAGCAUGGGCAGAUCCUGAAAUCGGAUCUUUCAGUCCUAUUUUCAACACUGUGGAUGGUUCUGUGGACCGGACAAGCUUCGAGGGCAGCUACAAGGUGGAAAACGGAAAGCCACUGAAUCCUCGUGGACGCACAGGAUUGACCGAUAGAGGUCUGCUGGGACGGUGGGGACCCAAUCAUGCAGCAGAUCCAGUUGUCACCAGGUGGAAAGUAGAUGCCAAUGGAGCAAAGAUACAGCACCCAGUCACCAAAAGGCCUAUCCUGCAGUUUGUGUCCAUCAAGAGGAAGGACUGUGGGCAGUGGGCCAUCCCUGGGGGGAUGGUGGAUGCAGGGGAGCAGGUCACUCUCACGCUGCAGAGGGAGUUCUCCGAGGAAGCGUUGAACUCUCUUUCGUUGUCGCCAUCGGAGAGAGCGAAAAUCAAUGAGCACAUCACAACACUCUUUAAAUCAACAGGGUUUCAGGUCUAUAAAGGAUAUGUGGAUGAUCCUAGAAACACUGACAAUGCUUGGAUGGAGACAGUCGUGGUCAACUUCCAUGAUGACUCAGGCGACAGUGUGAGCGAGCUGCCGCUGCACGCCGGCGAUGACGCAGGACAGGUCAAGUGGGCUGAUGUGGACUCGUUCUCCAGCCUCUAUGCAAGUCAUUCCCAUUUCCUGGAGCUGGUUGCCAAAGAAAGGAAGUCCCACUGGUAACCAAACCAAGACUGUUCCAACAAAACCAUGAAGGAAACACGAACAUGAGCAUCACUGCUCUCUGUGAGUGCUGAUAAUUAGAAUGCAUGACACAUUACCCUAUGUACCUCACCAAAAUGUAACAUUAAAAUUACAUUUAUGAUAAUGAAAGCCUAAUAAACAUCUCAUUACCUGUACAUGAUGUUCAAUGAGUGAUGGACAUUAUGGCUAUGCAGCUUCAUCUACUAAUGAAGCAGAACUGAUGAAAUGAAUGUAAAACCCCAUUCAGGCCUGAUUUCAACACCUGUCCUGAGUGAUCCGGUCACAAGUGGCCAGCGCUAAGUCCAGGUGUGUUCAGCUCACUCAGACCUCAUUCAGAGGUGCUGUGAGACGCACAUGGCCCCAUUCAUUUAGCCGUGUCAAGGAAAAUACAUACUACACUUUUAAUAAGAAUACAGAUUUGAUUACCGCCACAACAUCAACACUAUUCAGUACAUAUAUAUAUAAUGAUACAUACUUUUCUUAAAUUGGUAAAAUCUUUCCCAGAGCUUCUCUCUCUCUCUCUCUCUCUCUCUCUCUCUCUCUCUCUCUCUCUCUCUCUCUCUCUCUCUCUCUCUCUCCUCCUCCCCCCCUCUCUCUCCCCCUCUCUCUUCCUGGCUCACUCACAACAACACCGUAGUCUGCAAACACACACGUCUGUAAACUCUGCCUAGCUAAAAACAAUGUUAUUUGGUCCUCACUAACGCAAAUGUCGCACAUAUUUAUUUAUCGGAUGAGCGAGGUUUGAUCACAAGUGUUCUUAGGAGACACAUUCAGGACGGACUUAGCACUGACCUCUUGUGAACGGAUCUUUGAACAGGGCCUGAGUAGCAGGUUGAAAGCUUGUUAAAAUGUAUGCUGUUUGAUUUGUGUUAUAGAACAGAAACUAAAAAAAGAGAGACUGAGGGUGUGAAAACCCCCCACAUGGUGCUCAGCUGCACACUUCACCAAUAGACGAGGCUAACCACAUGAUUUCCACUGGCACAAAUUGUGCUAAUUUAUUCAAAGCUAACAAGAAUCACAAUAAGCCAGUGAAAUCUUGUGAGAAAAACCCCAAUGGGCUGCUGAACAUAACACAUACAACAUUCAUGGAAGUGUGAUAAUGGGGCAAUCAGGGAGACAAGUGUGUGGACUGAUUUUGAUGUGUACAUGUGAAUAGAAAAUGAAGAAGUCUCUGGAUUGGACAAACACGUUCUCUACUGGGAACAGUCGGUGGAAGCGAAGGCCAUUUUCACAUUCAACAGCCUGGUCUUUCCAAAUGUUGGCACAAAUAUGUGUCAUCUCACUGGUGGGAAAUUGAGCAUUACGCAUCAAGUGGUUUGCAUCUGUUAGGAUUACUGAGACAAACACUUCUGUCAUCAAAAGGCCGUCAACAACCUGCAUCAUCUUAUGUAUCCAACUUGUUUUCAGGCCGAAUGAACAGAUUUCAUAAUAUGUGAUAUACAUGAUCUGGAUUCUGUAAAAGCUAGAGAGCAUGGCCAUUAGGCACUUAGGAGAAAUGGAAGAGAUUGUGUCUGUAAGAUGUCAUUAAAUUAGACGCAAACCAGUUACAGGAGGCGCCACGAAUCCUAAAAGCCUUUUCUAUUUAGUCUAGUCUCUGAUCAGGCCUUAACAUCUGAUAUCCAAGAGAUUCCUGGUAUGAAACCAUAAGCAGUGAGUGGGGAGGCUCUGCUGUUGAAAUGUGAUAUUAUAUAGUAGAAUGUUAAGAUUCUUCUUUACGUCCAUGCAUAUGCUCAUUCAGGUCCAGUGCACUGGGGUAUCUCCACUGACAUUAUGAGCACUAAUAGCAUUUGUGUUGUUUCAGCGUUAUGUUAUUUUUUGCACACAAUCAGACAUUAGUUCCCCAACUGUGCCUGAUUUUUGUUCAUCAAGAUCCAUGAAUUAUUUCCUGAGAAAUCUGUGGAAAUGUAAAAAUAAAGAAAAGCCCUAUAAUGCCCUGACAAAGAAUUCCUGGUUCUGCCCCUUUGACCUGAUCCGUGCAUAAGGAAUUAUCGGGCGGCCCGUGUCGCACCCUUCCCCCAAGUUUCAAGAAAAUCUGCUCGGUAGUUCCUGUGUAAUCCUGCUGACAGAUAGGAAUGAAGACAUAACCUCCUUGGAGAGCUUUAUCACUGAGAUGCUUCGGAACAAAGUGAUCAAAUAAAUUAAAUUUUGUUAUUUUAUUUAUUAUUACCAAAGUUAUACUUAAGCUUCCGCUGAGUGGCUUGCUUGUACGUGCUGAAACAGAUGUCAUCUUACAAAGUUUGCACUGAAAUUCUGAAGUGUCUUGUGUUUUUAUUGAUUUGAUUCACUUGAAGUAUUAAAUCACUAUGAAUUCUUGA